CUCAUUUCCCCAAAAUUCACAAAUUAUGAAGUACGUUGUCAUCACCGGUGGAGUCGUCAGCGGCCUCGGCAAAGGCGUCACCGCCAGCAGCAUCGGCGUCGUACUCAAAGCCUGCGGCCUUCGCGUCACUUCCAUCAAAAUCGAUCCGUAUUUGAACAUAGACGCUGGCACCAUGUCUCCGUUUGAACAUGGAGAGGUUUUUGUUCUUGAUGAUGGCGGAGAGGUUGAUUUGGAUUUGGGAAAUUAUGAGCGUUUUCUUGAUGUCACUCUUACAAAGGAUAAUAACAUCACCACUGGGAAAAUAUACCAGUUUUUCCUAUUUGCUACCUUUGGUGCUAUUAGCCUUCGAGUUUCGUGAGACAUCGCCGAGAUUGACAGAAUCAGG